CCUCACUUCUCGUCCGCUUUCCGAAAAAAACAAGAGGAACUUAUCAAUUAUUAUUCGGCAAUUUUUUUUUUUUGCCUAUUAUUAUAAUAUACGUAUAGGUAUGUCUCUCUUAGUGGCGCAGUUAACCGAUAAAAUAUCGUAAGUACAAUGAUAUUGUAUAUUAUGUAACGUUACAGUAUAAUCUGAGAGUUGCGUUCCUCUGGUUCGUUUCGGCGUCGAUAAAUUCACGUGUAGGUAAAUUAUUAUUAUUAUUAUUAUUAUUAUUAUUAUUAUUAUUUUUUUUUUUCUUAUAAUAGCUACAAAAUCGAAAUUUCGAUAUUAACGUUAUUCAUGUUCGUUCAUAAUACUAAUAGUUAUUAAUAUUGUAUAGGUAACGGGUAUUAUAUUAUAAUACGAGUAUUAUAAAUAACGCCUAGUGCCUACCCGACACAUAUUAUUGUCGUAUUAAACGGCAGCUGCGCAGGUAUCGAGACUUCGGGCCCGGGCAAUUUAAACCGUUCCCGUGGACCAUGAAUUCCAUGGACAUCAAUCUGCUCAAGUUGGUUAGAAACGAAGAACAAAGCCGCCGUCAACUCGGGGCGUACCAUUCAGACGCCAGGAAUUUGACCGGCGAACGCGAAUGUUUGUUGUCGUCGUCGGACACCGCCGAAAAGGACGACGAUCCGGACGACAUUCGCAUAGAACGCCAUCACCGCAACAGCGUCAGACGCGAUGCGAACAAUCGAAAAACAACGAGAUUCUGAACCGUGCAAAUAUUGCAAGUAAUAAAUACACGGACGUAACUGUAUUAAAAUGAUGUGAUUGUAUGUAUGUCUACAACAAACUAUAUCGGCCUGUACGCUUAGGCGGCCCCACAAAAUUUUGACAAUUAUUAUUAUACACAAAUAGGCGCACGCAAUUUACACCUAAUAUACACCAAUAGGUACUUACCCCACUAGGGAUUUGUUUUUUUUUUCUUAUAUUAAACACUUGAGCAGCUUGCGUUACAUGUUAAUAUGAUUACGACGACAGAGGCGUAUAAUCGAAAAUUCAUGUAUUCUUGUUACCCAGUGUACAUUAUCAUGUUAUCCAUGUUGUAUUAUAAUUAUUGUAGAAGGCGUUCAAUGUUUAUCUGAUAAAAAUUAAAACUGUUAUGACAUUUUUUUUUUUUUUUUGUAUGGUGUUUUGAUCUGCUACCGGCCCCUCGUAUACCUACUGCAGUUCAUUUCGCUAGAUCGGUAACGGGGGUAAGGAAUUUUAUAUCAAUCGAAUCAUUUCGAAUUGGGGGUUUUGAUUAUUUUAUUUUUUUUUUAGAAAAAUCGGGGUCGCCGAAGUACACAUUUCUAUUUUUGAACCAAUUUUCAAAAUGUUAAACCCUGUACAAUAAAACUAAACUUAACGGAAAACAAAUAAUUGAGUCGACACAAUCAUAAAAUUCCACAUACCUAAUAGGCACGUAUUUUUAAUAAUUUAUAACGCAUUUACGUUAUAAAUCUGUUGCGAAAUCACGAAAAAAGGUUUUUUUUUAAUACAAUUUAUACGGGCGUAUUUAUCAGGCGAUUUCGAGUUACAAAAAAAGUUUAAACAACAAUAAUAUACUCGAAAAAAAAAUAUGACUAAUCUGGCGUUAAAAAUAAAUAUUUUCAUUUAAGAAAAAUAUACGUUGCGCAUGCGCACAUCGCAUGGAUUAAAAUAUUGAAAAUAGGUUAAACCGUGUAAAUUAGAACAUCCCCCUCCCAAAUCUUCUUAAAAAAAAACACCGAGUCGAUCCGGCUUGAAAAAGUCCGCGUUGCCAUUUGAACGAAUAAACACCGUAAUUAGGUAAUACAUUCAGUAAUAUUAUUUAAAAAUAUUGUUAUUAUCACAUAUCAGUAAACUAUUCACUAUUCAGUGUUAAAAUCCCUACCUAUAUAACACACGUAAUACAUAAUUUAUAGUUUCCAUUUGUGGGAUAUACUUUUAUUUGAAAAAUAAAACUGCUACCUAUGGUAUCUAUACACCCACGUAGUAUAUUUAUUUGCGUAGCACAUUUUAGCCAUCGCUGUCAUCUAUAAAUGUAAUUUUAUAACACCAGAUGUUAAACAAUUAUUAUAAUUAGUAUGUACGGUAU